UAGGGAGGAAAGCAGCUGGGAAAUACAAUUCCCGUAGUGCUCCACGCCUUCCGUUCCGGCUAACGAUGACGUGCUGCAUUCUGGGACUUGUAGUCUUCCUCCUCCCACUUGGAAGGUGCGAUCAGUACCACUUCAAAUACAGGUGUUUGACAGGUAGACUCUGCUAAGUUGUGAUUGUUGGUGCCGGCAUUGCUCUGCUCCUGUCAUAACUUCUCCGGGAAAAGGCUGUGCAGCUAUCGGCUGGGCUGACCAUGGCCCUUUCUGUGGAGACGGAGUCGCACAUCUACCGAGCUUUGCGCACUGCCUCUGGGGCUGCAGCCCACCUUGUGGCGUUAGGCUUUACCAUCUUUGUGGCUGUGCUUGCCAGACCUGGCUCCAGUCUAUUCUCCUGGCACCCCGUUCUUAUGUCUCUGGCUUUCUCCUUCCUAAUGACGGAGGCACUCUUGAUGUUCUCUCCUGAGAGUUCACUGCUGCGCUCUCUCUCACGGAAGGUCCGAGCACGCUGCCACUGGGUGCUACAGCUGCUAGCCCUACUCAGUGCUCUGCUGGGUCUAGGUCUUGUUAUUCUCCACAAAGAGCAGCUUGGCAAAGCACACCUGACCACUCGACAUGGGCAGGCAGGGCUAUUAGCUGUGCUGUGGGCAGGUCUGCAGUGUUCAGGGGGCGUGGGGCUGCUCUACCCCAAGUUGCUGCCCCGAUGGCCCCUGGCAAAGCUGAAACUCUACCAUGCUACUUCUGGUUUGGUGGGCUACCUGCUGGGCAGUGCCAGCCUUCUGUUGGGCAUGUGCUCACUCUGGUUCACUGCCACUGUCACUGGUGGGGCCUGGUACCUGGCUGCGCUGUGCCCCAUCCUCACCAGUUUGGUAAUCAUGAACCAGGUGAGCAAUGCCUACCUGUACCGCAAGCGGAUCCAGCCAUGAGUGCUUGCCAGCUGUCAGGAUGCCUGGAGCUGCACCUCAGCAGAGGACCAGGAGUGGGAAUCUGUUGGACUCUCACAGCUGACUGGGUGAGGGGACAUUUCAGGUUACUAGGGCACUCAGGGGUACAUCUGUGACAUUUUUUCUCCUCACGCUAGAGUGUCUCCCUUUUCUUGCUGUCAGCCCAGGGGGAGCAUGGAUCAUGUGUCUGGAUGAAAUUGGAGUUGCAGCAGUCUCCCCAGCAGCCAUAUAGCUUAUAUUUGUACUGGUACAUCCAGAAAUCAUGGAGAAAAAAAAAAAAGUAAAAUAAACAAGCAAACAAACCCCUGAAAA